CCCAGAUCGCUAUUUUUGAAUGCUGCUAUAUAGGUACCUAGGAAAUGAAGCGAUGGAACAGAGAAGCACGCUACUGAACGUCGAUCGUUUAAAUAUCUACGCCCCCAUGGGGGUGCGAGGAGACCUCGCCUACGGCGAUGCUGGAAGUUGUUGUCUUCAUUUAUACAUACAGCUACUGGCUGAAAUAGCUAUGUCUCGAUGGCAUCGGUAGAUCACCACUAUGGCUUCGAACCUUACAGCACGCUCGAGGUGCAAAGCGUAGAGGCCUCAACUCCCCAGGUCCUGGAGGGUUCGAAUAAAGAAGUGGUGCCUCAUCCAGAAAGUCCAUAUCUGCAGCCCGUCUCCACACUCAACGCGUGGGAUGCCCCAAAGCCAGAAGCGAAUGGCGUCGACAAGGAGGCAGCAGUCACCCAGGGACAGAACUACGGCGAAGCGAAGCGAACGAUAUGUGGACUAUCACCACGCAUCUUUUACGUUGUUCUGGCGGUUGUUGUACUAAUUAUAAUCGGAGCUAUAGCCGGAGGUAUUGCUGGGGGCUUGUCUAGUAAGCACAGCGAUUCGAGUUCAACGUCAAUCCCGGAACCGAAAACGGAACCAGAACCAGAACCAGGGACGACAGAAAAUGUUAACGUUCUAAGUACAUCGAAGCUUGCGGCAUCAAACUGGACGGACUCGCAAGGCUAUAUUCACAGGCACGUGUUUUUCCAAGAUCCUUACAAUGCUAUCAUUACUCGGCAAUGGGACUCGGAGAAUAAGACGUGGACGACGAAUAAUGUCAGCCAGCUACUGUCGUCAUCGACGACGGGGCCUAUUCAUCCAAUCCCGGGGACGUCCCUGGCGUGCGCGUCUGCUGAUAAUAAUUGGGGUCCUCUGUACGAGGUGCACGUCUGGUUCUCAGAGGCUUCGACCGACCCAGAACCUACCAUCAGUUGGGCGAAUUUGAACGAUCCGAUCGGAAACCCCAACUUCUGGACAUAUACCCCGUCGAUACUUCGGACAUGGAACAACACUCAACUAGCGGUAGCUUGGCAGCGCUGUCUGAGGGAUGACUGCGUGGGAAACUGGGUUCUUGCGUAUCAGGGGCCCCAGGGCUUCGUCAGGAUCGCAAACGCUACUAACUGGGACAAUAACACAGAGCCGGUAGUCAGGGGCAGUGCCGUUUCCGCCGGGGCUAGCUUGGCUUUGGCGCCGUCGCUCAACGGCACUUAUGUCCAUGGAUUGACACUUGCUUCCCAAAGGAGGCCGAGCUCAAUGGGCAAGACAACCUUCAUAGGUGAUUGGAACUGGAAGGAAGAUGAUGGAACGAUAUUAGAUGAUGUUGACCCUCUAACGACACGGCAAUUCGCCGCCACUACGAUGAAUAACUGGACCGAAGCGCUCUUCGUCGCCUUAUCCACGGACGGGGGCGUAAAAGGAGCUCGAUGGGAUGGGACGGCUUAUAAUGCGAUCCCGCAGAUUAAUUUUGUCGACGGGGAGUCGACCAACUUCUCCGCUAUUGCGAUGACGACGGACGCGACGUUCUACGGGAUAUCUGAUGAUCAGAUAUGGGAAUACACCGUCGAUGCAUCGGAUCCGUCCACUUUCACGCUUGCUGGGAAGGUAUACCCAUAGUUCAUGAGAAGUAAUCGAGAUAGGGAUACGUCAGUUUAUAUUAAACGAAAUCACGAAAUCAAGGGGAUGUACCAAAGGCAAGCCUGCAUGGCAAGGGAUUUAAAUUAAUGACUGCGCUAGCUGUACAAGUAAGGGUGCUGACCUCGUCGGCCUCAACCCUCACCAACUCCUGUAGUUAUCGCUAUCUACCUAGUGACGAAAUUCAAUUUGAGGUUGGACUGAACCGCAGGGCCUCGAUCGAUGUAAUGAUGUAUUAUAUCUUGUAUAUAUAAUAC